AUGAGUACUGGUUUGAAUUUGUCCAACCUUAAGGAUAAGAUUUCCAAUAAAUUAAAUCAACUGAAACCUGGGAGUACAGGCAGAGGAAAGAAAGACAAACGUGGACUGAAAAAAAAUCAAAAAACGCUGAAUAAAAAGGAAGACAAGGAGUUUAAGGAAAAAGCCAAUGAAAACCCAAAGGAAGAGUCCACCGAUGAUAUUCUCCGUCAAGAGGCAUUAGCUUUAGGUGCAACUGAAGAAGACUUGAAAUUGUUGGCUGGUAUUGAAAGCGGUGAAGAGAGUGAAAUGGAAUUUGGCGAUGAUUCACAACAAACUCUGGACAAGUCACUCAACAAUGAGUUGAGUAAAUUUAUGAACGGAAUCGGAUUAGGCAAUGGUGAGGUUCCUGUGGUUGAAGAAGAGGAAGAAGAAGAAGAGGAAGAAGAAGAAGAGGAAGAAGAAGAGGAAGAAGAAGAAGAAGAAGAAGAGGAGGAGAAGGAGGAUGAAGUCGAUGAUGAUAGUCGCGAAAUUACUGCUGAGGGACAUGCUGAAGUAGAAGAUGAGGACAGUCAAGAAAACGAGGACUCAAAUGUUUCAGUGACAGAUUUUUCUGGGCUGAGCGACGAAGAAGAGGAAGAGGAAGAGGAAGAGCCUGAAGAUGUUCCAGAACUUGUUUAUGAUGAUGGAACAUUGAACUCUUCAUCCAAGAGCAAGGGAAAUGAAAACAAAGAAAUUCUUGAAAGCAGCGAAAACAAUACAAAUGAAGAUGUACAAUCUGGUAAGGAGACCAACGAAGCAGAUCCAGCGGUUACAGCACCACUGGAAAUAUCCGAUUUUUCGUCUGUUUCGAGCGAUAAAUUAAAAGUUCCUAGUAGAUUGGAUUGGUAUAAUAGUUUUUCUCUCCCAACUGUUGAAGUGCCAAAGUUGGAUAGGUUUGCCAGGGAAAGACUCUUAGAUCGAGCCAAAUUGACCUUGGACAAUGACAACAAGACCUAUCUUGAAGAAUUUGCUUCAAAUACUUCGCAGAAAAAGUUCUUGUCUCAGAUAUUGACGAGUGGUACUUUGAAUGAUAAAAUCUCAGCAUUGACAUUGUUGAUACAGGAAGCACCAAUGCACAAUAUCAAAGCCAUGGAGACCUUACUAGGUUAUUGUGAGAAAAAAUCCAGAACCGCUGCAUUGCAAUCGAUUACUGCAAUGAAGGAUUUGCUUCUAAAUGGAUUGUUACCCGAUAGAAAAUUACUUGCUUUUGAUAAACAACCUUUGACAAAGGAGGAUUCUGACUCGCGAUUGGCUGUAUACUACUUUGAAGAUAUGUUGAAAAAAUGGUAUUUCAAAUUCAUUCAAAUUUUGGAGAAAUUAUUACAAGACUCAAUUGUGCAUGUGCGUAUGAGUGCAUUAACACAUACAUUUGACUUGUUGAGUGCAAAACCAGAACAAGAAGUGAAUUUGCUCAAGCUUGGUGUAAACAAAUUGGGUGACAUGGAUAACAAAGUUUCUGCUAAGGCCUCAUAUUCCAUCUUACAGCUUCAGCAAGCUCAUCCUGCAAUGAAAAAGAUCAUUGUUGAUGCCGUCAUUGAUAUUAUUUUUCAAAGCAACAAUGAUGAUCAUUCCAAAUAUUACGGUGUGACUACACUCAAUCAAACAAUUAUUACAAGAAAAGAAGUAGAGUUGGCCAAUACUUUGGUCAAGACGUAUUUUGCACUUUUUGAAAAAGUGCUUCUUGAAUCAAACUCGUUGUCAAAAGAUGGUGAGGGCGACAAGUCCAAUAAUAAUGGAGUUGGCAAAUCUGAAAAGGGUAGACACAACAACAGGAAAAACUUUAAAAAGGGAAAGAAGGGUGGUAGAUCAGUUAAAAAAGAAGAAAAGACUGAACAUGAGAUAAUUGAAGAGAAGAAUACCAAGAUGUUUUCUGCACUUUUAACUGGUUUGAACCGUGCUUUUCCAUUUUCUGAAUUGCCCAAUGAUGUGUUCCAAGUCCACCUUGAUACACUUUUCAAAAUAACCCAUAGUGCGAAUUUCAAUACGGCUAUCCAAGCAUUAGUGCUCAUCAACCAUAUUGUUUCUCAGCAAAAAAUCAAUUCUGAUAGAUACUACAGAACCUUGUACGAGUCGUUAUUGGAUUCAAGAUUGGUGAAUACUUCAAAGCAAGGUAUAUACUUGAAUUUGCUAUACAAGUCUCUUAAGCACGAUAAGGAUAAUGUACCCAGGGUAUUGGCAUUUGUCAAGAGAAUAAUGCAAGUCAUUUUGCAUUGGCUCAAUGUGGGUGCGAUUGCUGGUAUGUUGUUUUUGUUGAUUGAAUUAUCGAAAACCAUUCCCGAAGUUUUUGAUCUUUUGGUGGAGAAGGCUGCUCGACCGGAUCAAGAUGAAGAGAGUGAGAAACAACAAGCUCAAGUGGAAGUGCAAAAACAAAAACAAAAACAAGAACAAGAACAAGAACAAGAACCAAAAUCUUUAGACGAAAAAGAGAUUACACCCGAUUCUUUGUACGACCCUAAGAAGCGAGAUCCUACUCAUGCAAAUGCUCAAAACUCGUCACUUUGGGAGAUCAACCAAUUCUUGAACCAUUACCACCCAACAGUUGCAAUUUACGCAUCAUCAAUCAUUGAUGGGACUCCACAACCAAAGCCAGAUCUCGGCUUGUACACACUUGCUCACUUUUUGGAUAGAUUUGUAUAUAAGAAUGCUAAGCAGAAGGCACAAACCAAAGGGUCGUCGAUUAUGCAACCUUUGGGUGGUACGCAUACAGGUGAUUUACUUGUCAAGUCAACCAAUGUUCUUAAUAAGGAAGUACCCGCAAAUACCGAAAAUUGGUUAAACAAGAAAGUGACUGAUAUUAAAGCAGAUGAGCGUUUUUUCCAUCAGUAUUUCACUACCAAAGUUCAGAAAAUAAAGAACAAAAAGGUUCAUAAAGAUGGUGAUGUGGGAGAUGUUGAUAUAGACGACGAAAUCGAAAGGGACGGAGAUAUGGAUGAUGAAGAGGUGUGGAAAGCUUUGGUUAAAUCUAAACCUGAUGUUGAGGAUGAUAUUUCGGAUGGAGGGUUCUCAGAUUUUGACGAGGCUGACUUUUCAGAUAUGGAUGAUGAUGAUGAUGAUGAUGAUGAUGGUGAUCAGGAGAAUGACGGAGAAAGAGAAGGAGAGUUACCUAGUGAUCUCGAUGAAGACGGGGAAGAUGUUGUUGGUGAAGUUGAUUUUUCUGAGAACGAGGGUUCGUUUGAUGAGGACGAAGAAGACGAUUUUGACGAGGAAGAAAGAGAAAUGUUUAAUAUCAAUCAGGAUGACGAGUUUAGCGAUUCAGAAGUUGAUCUUGAUGCAUUAAAUGGUGUUGAUGAAGUUGAAGAAGAAGACGAAGAAGAAGAGGAAACGGAAGGAGAAAGUGAAUUGGUUGAAAAAACCAAUAAAAAGCGUUCUAGAGCAGACGAAAAGGAUAGUUUGAAAAAGGGUAAAAAGUCUAAGCGCCAAAGAGUCAAAGAUUUGCCUUUAUUCGCAUCCCCAGAGGAUUAUGCACAGUAUUUGGAGUAA